AGCCUGGCCGUUGGGACGCGCGUUCGCUGCUGCGCGCCAGGCCCGCAAGCGCCGCCUCCGAGUGACACGUGACUCCUCUAGCCGUGGGGAUACUGCGAGGAGAGCGCCCCACCCCUCGUGGGAGGGGGCGUCCGCCAGAUGCAGGCUAACGGGGUGGGGCCAAGCCCUACUAGCGGAGCGGCCCCCACCCCGUAGAGACUACGCUUCCCAGCAUGCAGUGCGGCCCCGCCGGAGGGUGCCCCCACGGAACCUGUUGGUUCCGUCUCAGUGUGCGGCAAGAGCACGUCAUUUCCGCGUCCGACAGAACAGCCGCCGUGAUAGGUACAACAGACGGCAGCACCACUCCGGUAGUGCUAAGCUCCGAGCAUUUCCGUUUCCACCUGGGUUGUUACCAUGGCAGCGGGGAGACGUGGUCUCGCUGUCACUCGCGGGUACUUCCGUUUCCGGCGGGGCGGUUGCCGUGGUAGCGGCGGCCCAGGGACGCGCUGAGCCUGGUAGCUGCGACCAUGGCCGGGGCUGCUCCGAUCCCGGACGGGGAAUUCACAGCGGCCAUUUACGGGCUGAUCCGGGCUGGGCGGUUCGCGGAGGCGGUGGGGAUCCUGGGCAGCGAGCUCCAGAACAGCUGCCGCUCCCGGGCCGGCCUCUCGCUGCUUGGCUACUGCUACUACCAGCUGCAGGACUUCGCGGCGGCGGCCGAGUGCUACGAGCAGCUGGGGGCGCUGCACCCUGAGCUGGACGAGUACCGGCUCUAUCAGGCCCAGUCCCUCUACAAGGCCGGGCUCUAUGCCGAGGCCCUGCGGGUCGCCAGCCCCUUGCUCGAUGUGCCCGCUUACCAGGGACGUGCCCUUCGCCUGCAGGCUGCUGCCCAUUACGCCCAAGGUGACCUCGCUGCAGCCAAGAGCCUGGUGGAGCAGGUAGUGGCUGCUGCUGCGGAGAGCAGCCCUGGGGCCACGGAAGAUGCCUCAGAGCUGCCAGAUGCGGAGGUCAACCUGGGCUGCCUAUUGUACCGGGAAGGGCGGCACGAAGAGGCUUGCGGCAAAUUUGCAGGUGCCAUGCAGGUGCUGGGUUACUCUCCUGAACUGUCAUACAACAUGGCAUUGUGCUGCUAUGCAGCCAAGCAGUAUGCACCUGCCCUCAAACACAUCUCUGACAUUAUUGAACGUGGCAUCCACCAGCACCCUGAGCUCAGUGUGGGCAUGACCACUGAGGGCAUUGAUGUCCGCAGUGUGGGCAACACCAUGCUCCUGCACCGCACUGCUCUGGUGGAGGCCUUCAACCUCAAAGCUGCCAUAGAAUACCAGCUACGCAACCUGGAAGCAGCCCAGGAAGCACUUACAGACAUGCCACCAAGGGCUGAGGAAGAGCUAGACCCUGUCACCCUGCACAACCAAGCGCUGAUGAACAUGGACAGCCGGCCCACUGAAGGGUUUGAGAAACUGCAGUUCCUUCUGCAACAGAACCCCUGCCCACCAGAGACUUUUGGGAACUUGCUGCUAUUGUACUGUAAACAUCAAUAUUAUGACCUUGCUGCUGAUGUGUUGGCAGAGAAUGCCCAUCUGACCUACAAGCUGCUUUCACCUUACCUUUACAACUUCCUGGAUGCCAUGAUUACAUGUCAAACUGCUCCUGAGGAGGCCUUCCACAAGCUAGAUGAACUUGCAGGGACAAUGACUGACCAGCUGAGAAAGCUCACUAAACAAGUGCAGGAAGCUAGGCAAAACCGGGAUGAUGAGGCUGUCAAAAAGGCAGUUAAUGAAUAUGAUGAGACUCUGGAGAAAUAUGUGCCUGUCUUGAUGGCCCAGGCCAAGAUCUAUUGGGACAUGGAGAAUUACACUAUGGUGGAGAAGAUCUUUCGCAAGUCAGUAGAGUUCUGCAAUGAACACGAAGUGUGGAAGCUGAAUGUGGCUCAUGUGCUCUUCAUGCAGGAGAACAAGUACAAAGAGGCCAUUGGCUUCUAUGAGCCCAUUGUGAAGAAGCACUAUGAUAACAUCUUGCAAGUCAGUGCCAUUGUGCUGGCCAACCUUUGUGUUUCCUACAUCAUGACCAGUCAGAAUGAAGAGGCAGAGGAGCUGAUGAGGAAGAUUGAGAAGGAAGAAGAGCAGCUCUCUUAUGAUGACCCUGAAAAAAAGAUCUACCAUCUUUGCAUUGUUAACUUAGUGAUUGGCACACUCUACUGUGCCAAAGGAAACUAUGACUUUGGCAUCUCAAGGGUAAUUAAAAGUUUGGAGCCUUAUAACAAAAAGUUAGGCACAGAUACUUGGUAUUAUGCUAAAAGAUGUUUCCUGUCCUUGCUGGAGAACAUGUCCAAGCACAUGAUCAUGCUACGUGACAGUGUUAUUUCAGAGUGUGUGCAUUUUCUAGAGCAGUGUGAACUAUAUGGCAGAAACAUCCCUGCUGUUAUAGAGCAACCACUUGAAGAAGAGAGGAUGCACAGUGGGAAGAACACAGUUACAUAUGAAGCCAGGCAGUUAAGGGCACUGAUGUAUGAGGUCAUUGGGUGGAAUGUGUAAAUACUUUGCCAUUCCAAUACAAGAUGUCGAUGGACUAUGAUUCUUGUGUUUUUUCACUUUUGAUUUCCUUGACCCUGUGUAUUCAAAGUAAUGUAUUUUCUUUUUGAUUUAAAUAUAUUUAUCCUUUGUAUUUAAAUGUUUAUCCUACUAUUUUUGCUGUAUUUGGUGGAAGAUGGUGUUCUAGCACAAAUGUAACAUGUUUAAUGACUAACAAUAUCCUCACACAGUGAUUUUAUAUUUUGUAAGCUAUCACUAUCCCCCCAAAAACCUUUUAACAAAAAUGUUGUGGAGAUUUUUCUGUGUAUGUGGUUUAACAGGAAGCUACAAUAACAAGUUUUUAUAAUCUAUAUGUUGACACUUUGAACUAUUUUCCCUUCUUUCUCCUAUCAGCUUUGGGGCUAGACAUUUAUACCAGAUUUCCAUUAAGCCAUUUCUUUAAUUUAUGUUCAUUUCCCUGUUUUGGAAAAUCCUUUUUUUUUUCUACUGCACUUUUAUAUAGUUUGUUAGAGAGGUUGUAUUUCCUAACACUAAAAUUAUUUUGUAUUAUAAACAUGAGGCUACAAAAAUCUGUGGGUUUGGUUAUAUAACUGGUAAGAAAAAGGAGAUGAGCAUCUUUUGACCAGAGUGUUCAUUGGUUUUGAAGUUUUGGUGAAGAAUCCAGAUGCAGUGACUAUCCCCCUUAUGUAUACCUCCUUUUCUCUGUCUUCACUUUGUUCUGCUGUGUUUGUUGGGGUUUUAUUUUUCAUUAAAUAUGUCAUUAUUAUAAGGUU